AUGGCGGCCAUCCAAGCACGCACUUUACCCAGCGAUUUCGGCGCUUUACGAAGCGACAACAAAUCCCAAUUGACCACCUGCACACCAUACUCAUCGCCUGUGAAGCAACGAGGGUCAUCCUGCUACCUUCCCCGGAGAGGUACCCAGGUACUAGAAGAGUCUAACACAGACCCUUUCUACCUGGAGCAGACUCUGAGGGACUCGUGCCAACCAGGCCAACGAGGUGUCCACUGCUGUGAAACAACAGAUCAUCGGUAUUUCACUUUGUCUUCAGUAGACAAACGCAAAGAAUACCAUUACCCUAAUCCCGUCCGUCGGGAACCCGCGGGGCCCCGGUCGAACUUCUACGAUAACAUCAAAGGAAACCGAAACACUUUGUCAGUGGUCGAGCUGGAACAUCGGGUAGGCCUUCAGCAGAUUGCAGCACAACGCGGCUUGGAAAGACAGCACGUUCACUGCAAACAAGGCUCCUUCAGCUCCGGCACCAGCGAGCCGACUCCUGACCUGACUCCAAGCAGCUCCUUCUCAUCCAACUACUCUCUGGUGAGAGACCAGCAUAUCUCCUUUGAACCACAGCGUAUCACAUCUGAGUCUGGCAGCCAUCUAUAUCUGACGCCGUGUACGCCUCCGCCAAUUCGACCACCGCCAACAACAGCCCUACCUUCUUUACCAUCCACCCCCAAACCACAUCAAAACCCAACCCGCAACAGCAAAGGUACCGCACGCCCUGCAAACGACCCCACCGAAACCUUCACCAUGCAAAACGAAGACCCCCAAGUGCGAUACAACCGCCUUGGGAAACCCCUUCCCACUCUCCCCAACAUUGCCCGCAACGGGCAAAAGACCAAAACUACCCAAAACGACACCCAACGGACCCAAAUCGAACCCUCCAUGAUCUCCCCACCCAGCCUCAUCAACCCGGUUACUAUGGAACCACACGCCACACACUUCGACCAAGCAUUCUUCAUCCCGGCCAACGACUGCCCCAGCCCCGUUCCCAGCCCCGGACGCAAUUCUACAUCGUCACGCCUAGCACGGGAAGUUACCAAUACUUCCCCGAGCCGCGAGAAAGAAAGACCAUGGACAGCAAGGUCCGAAGCGUACUGCGAACAAUCAGUUUGGGAAUCGGACUCAGACUCGGAAUCCAUAGGUCCCAAGUCCCUGUCCAAGAAACCAAUCGACACCCUCCGCAAAGUACGCAGUCGCGUGCAUCUGCGCGUCGCUAGAUCAGCCCCCCGGCUCAACGGCGCACCAUCGCAACCUCCACCAGUUCCCUCUCCCCCGACCGACGGCGCACCACUGGAGAAGUUCCCAUCGAUGCCAGACCACCCCGUCCAACAACCACCCCCUCUCCCACCAGGGUCAUCCGCAAUGGCCAGAAAGCCAGCCCUCCAAACCCGCUCCAGCAAGGACAUCUUCCGCCCAAACGCCCAAACUCUCCGCCUCGUCGCCCCAUCAACAGCAUCCCUCGUCCGCCCAGACUCCCGCAAAGACAAGGAAAAAGAAAGCCUUCCCGCAACCCCCACAACCGCAACCACAAAGACAUCAGAGCAUGACAUGGACUCCGCAGCAGCCGCGGCUUUCCAAGCCCAAUCCCGUCGUCGUCAGCGGUCGAGGUCGCCUACGUCUCCUGCCACAACGGGCUUCGCGGAUAAGGAGAAACUGCGCACUUUGUGUCGGGAGGAGAGGACGGAGCAUACGUUGCAUAGUAGUUUAGCGUUGGGGAGAAGGCCGUUGUAUAGGCGGUUUUGGGAGAGUUUGAGGAUCUUAAGUUGUCACGGGGAUAUGUCGCCGAAGCCGACAAGGAAGUCGUUUUAG